UGUCAAGUGAAGCGACGCUUUCGUUUGUGCUUUUCUCGUGAAUGCUUAAAUAUUGUGGAAAUUACUUGGUCUUGCAGGGAAAACUUGAAUAAUAAUAAUAAAUAUUAAUCUGUCCCUUAUAAUUAAUAGAAAAUGACCACCCUUGGUCCUAAAAAGGAUGGAGGCCCGAAUGUGGAAUUCUUUCAAUCGCCGGAAUGUUUGGCUCAAUUUGACCAAAUCCGUGUAUGGUUGCAGAAGAAUUGUAAAAAGCAUGUCCAAACGGAUCCACCUACAAAAGAAGGUUUGGCACAACUAGUGAUUCAACUGAUUCAGUAUCAAGAAAAUAAGUUGGGUAAAAAUGCUACAGAUCCACCCUUUCUGCGACUUCCUAUAAAAGUAUUCAUGGACAUGAAGCCUGGCGGCUCACUGUGCACCGUGCUAGCCACCAUGUUCCGCUUCAAGUCGGAGCAGCGGUGGCGCAAGUUCGACUUCCAGGUCGGUAAGAAUCCCUCUCGGAAAGACCUGAACGUGCAAAUGAUGAUGGAGAUAGAAUCAGCUUUGCUGAGCGCUGAAAUAAUUAGGUCACCCUGCAUCUACAUACGCCCUGAGGUCGACAAGGCAACCGCCAAUAAAGUCAAAGAUAUCAUAAGCAACCAUCAAGUCGAGUUCUGCGAUGAAGAAGAAGAUGCAACACACAUAAUUUACCCAGCUGUGGAUCCGUUAGAGGAGGAAUACGCCAGGCCGGUGUUCCGUCGCGGCAACAACGUGCUGAUACAUUGGUAUUACUUCCCCGACAGCCACGAUACGUGGGCACAGGCUGACUUGCCGGUCGAUGUUCCCGAAACAGCGAACUGGGAUUGCAAUAGAUCUGAGCCCUACCGCGUGUCCGCAACGUGGGUGUUGGACUUGCCGCACUACAAUGAAUGGCUCAAUGAAGAAGAUUAUGAAGUUGACGCUAAUGGAAAGAAAAAGGUGCACAAAUUACGUUUAUCCGUUGACGAUUUAAUCCCCGGAGGAGAGACGUCCUCGAAGAGCAAGAAAGGCAAGAGGAAGCGCUCCCCCUCCCCGCCUCCGCAGAAACAUAGCAAGAGGAAGAGCCGUGUAGCAAAAAGGCGGGAAAAUGAUGUAGACGAAGAAGAAGAUAAUGCAUCAAGAGAUAACACUGAUGUGGCUCCCGCCCCUGAACCUGAAAGACCCGCAGAACCGCCCGCGAGCACGUCGGGCGGCGCGAGCGCGGCGGAGGCGGGCGGCGCGGCGGCGGACGCGCCCGCCACGCCCGCGCCGCUCGACCACCACGACGACUCGCAGGGCAAGCACAGCGACUCCAACACGCAGGAAACAAUCAUAAAAGAGGAACUUGAAGACAACGUAACUGAUCAAACGCAUCACAUCGUGGUGCCAUCCUACUCGGCGUGGUUCGACUAUAACUCCAUCCACACCAUCGAGAAGAGAGCCCUACCAGAGUUCUUUAAUAACAAAAACAAGUCUAAAACACCGGAAAUGUAUCUUGCUUACAGAAAUUUCAUGAUCGACACCUACCGAUUAAAUCCAACGGAGUAUCUAACGAGCACGGCGUGUCGCCGCAACCUGGCGGGCGACGUGUGCGCCAUCAUGCGGGUGCACGGCUUCCUCGAGCAGUGGGGACUUGUUAACUACCAGGUGGAAGCAGAUGUCCGUCCCACAGCAAUGGGCCCACCGCCCACGUCUCACUUCCACGUGCUCUCUGACACCCCGUCGGGAUUGCAGCCGCUGCAACCUAGACCCGCUCAGCCUAGACCUGGUAUCUAUGUAGAAAACGCAGCGGUGCCUAAAGUAGAGGCUGGAUUGCCGAACGGAGCGGAAGGCGGCGCUCCGGUCAAGAGCGAGCCGGCGGUGAAGACCGAGCCGACCCUCGAGCUAGGAAAUGCGCCUGGACUUAAGUUGGAUCAGUACCGCGGCGGGGCGCGCGGCCGCGAGUGGACGGAGCAAGAGACCCUCCUGCUGCUGGAGGCGCUGGAGCUGCACCGCGACGACUGGAACCGCGUCGCCGCGCACGUGGGCACCAGGACGCACGACGAGUGCAUCCUGCACUUCCUGCGGCUGCCCAUCGAGGACCCAUAUCUUAACGAUAGUGGUGUUUUGGGACCCCUGGCAUACCAACCGAUCCCAUUCAGCAAGACUGGCAACCCGGUCAUGAGCACUGUGGCUUUCCUCGCCUCUGUAGUAGAUCCACGUAUUGCAUCCAAGGCCACCAAAGCAGCUAUGGAUGAAUUUGCUGCUAUUAAGGACGAGGUGCCGGCGGCCAUGAUGGAGGCGCACGUGCGCGCGGCCGGCGCGCUCGGGCCGCAGGCCGCGCUCGCCGGCACCGGCAUCGCCGGCACCGCGCCCGAACACCCGCCCGAAAAGAAAGAAGGUGCAGACGUCAAGGGAGAGCCAAUGGAGGUUGAAGGAGAGGGAGAAGCCAAAGUGAAGGAGGAGCCGUCUGAGAGUGCGGCGCCCGCGGAGGAGAAGGAAGUUAAGGAGGAAGAUGCACAGCAACCACAAGAACCACCAGCAGCAGUCGACGCUAAACUUCAAUCGGCUGCCGCAGCCGCCUUGGCAGCGGCCGCCGUUAAGGCGAAGCACCUCGCUGGAGUCGAAGAGAGGAAAAUUAAGUCUUUGGUGGCCUUGUUGGUCGAGACUCAGAUGAAGAAGCUGGAGAUUAAGCUGCGACAUUUUGAAGAGCUGGAGGCGACUAUGGAAAGGGAGAGGGAAGGUCUCGAAUACCAACGCCAACAGCUAAUACAGGAAAGACAACAAUUCCACUUAGAGCAAUUGAAGGCGGCUGAAUUCCGGGCAAGAAAUCAUGCUAUUCAGAGGUUACAAGCGGAAAGCGGUGGUGCCGCAGUGGUGGGAGGUGUGGGCGUGGGGCCCGUAGUGGGUGUGCCCGGAGUGGUGGGGGCCGCUGUGGGGCCCGCGCCCCCGCCCGCUGAACCCACGCAGGAGCCACCGCACCACCACCCCUAGGCAUCUUUGGGGUCCUAGCCUAUCUAGGUCUUAGGAUUACUCUAUAAUUUAGUUUAUCAAAAUAGGUUAAGAACCAGUGAAACAGGUAUAUAAAUUUUGAAAAAUUGUAAGGAAUUGGAAUCUCUAAAUACAAAAGAAUAUAUAAACACAUUUAAUAUAGGUAUGUGCACUAACAAAUAAAUAUUUGUUGUCACAAAAAGUAGUUUUUUUAUGCAGGUUUCAUUUAAAGUAAAUUAAUUUUAAAUUAUUACCUAGACAGAUUUGAAUCUUUAUUAAAAAAAAGUCACUUUUACAAGAAAGGGAUGAGUUUGUGACUUAACAAAAAAUGUGAUUAUAAUAAAAUAUGUUAUUUAUACAUUGUUAAAAAAUUUGUAUACCUAUUUCAUUUGUAAUAGUUUUAAGGUGUAUUGUAUUUGUUGUGAGGUCGAUUUAGAGUGACGAUGGUACAAAUGUAUACCAUCAACAAUAAUUUUCAUAUCAAAUCUUGUAUGCUCACACGAUUAAUUUGUGUCACAUGUAAAGUCAAAUAUGGAGCUUUUUUACAUAAUGAAUAAAUAACUGUAUUAAAUUUGUAGAAUAUCACUGCACUAAUCACGCAUACUAGAUUUUCUAUUCAUUAUAUAAAGAAAAUAAUAAAAUUCUCAAGCAAACACAUAAUUUAAACUAGAUCGUUUGUUUUGUUUAUAAUCUAAAUAUUAUCUCGUGGCACAGUAAAUAAUAAAUAUAUUGACAUUAUAACAAUACCUACAAUUAAAUAUAUUAAAUGUAUGCAGUCUAUUCAUGAAGUUAUUUAAGCAGAUGCCAUGAAAAAUUAAACACAAAUGUUUCCGUAUGCUGUUCAUUUCUGUUGAACAAUUGAAGCGUGAAAAAUCUUUUGUAUCUUAUUAAAAUUAAAAACCUUCAAACACUA